AUUUUAUAAAAAGGGAUCUGUAAAAAAAUAUUAAAAUACAUAUGGAAUGCCGAUUUCAAUAAAUAUUUUUAAAAUUUUGCACUGAAGCGGUGUAUUAAUAAAUUGAUAGAAAUAAUUUUCAAAACGUUAGAAUAUAUCAUUAAUAGAUCGAUGCGAUAACCAAUUUUCGCAUUGGCAUAGGAUCGCUGGGGGAUGAAAUGGCUUGAUCUUUAAGUUGUUGUGUUUUAUGAUAUCAAUAUUUCUUACAUAUGCUUUCUUCCUUGCGUCUCCGUCUUUAUUUUUUAUUAAUUAAUAUUUGUUAAAACUAAAUACACUUUUUUUUUAAAUCAUUAAUGCUAUUUUGAUUGUGUUGAUUUAUUAGAAGCAUAAUGCAUAAGAUAGAUGACACAAAGACUACAGUAUAUAAUUUUUCUUUUUCUGUUAAUUCUAAUAUAAAGUUUAAUUUCCCUAAAGUUUACAAGUACGCCAUUUUGUCCCAUCUUGUCAUAAAAUUACCUGACGUUAUUAUCUACUGCCUAAGUUGUUGAAAUUGAUAUUAACUUUAUAAGUAGUACUAAUACGUUUGGACCGAGAGUGAGAACGCAUCAUAAAUAUAUAAUCGUGAUUUAAUGAUAUUCAAUAACGACUAUAUUCAUAUUUUCUACUCAUCAUAUUAAAACUAUACUUUUUUUUAGAAGAUCUCAUAGUCAGGUAUGUGUCAGUGCGUUCUCGCUGUCUUGUUCUAGUUAAUUUAUUGUAAAUUGAUUGUAAGUUUAUAAUAUACUACGAAAUUAUUAUAAAAUUGAAAAGUAAAAUCAAGUUUUUAAUGAACAUAGUUUAGUAGUAUUUUAUAAACAUAUUAUUUUUAAUAUUUUAACAUAUGUGAUACAAGAGAGUGUAGGGUAGAUAUAUUUAAAUAAAUUAUCUUUACUUAUAAUUAUACAGAACUUUUAUUUAUUUAAAAAAAAAUAUUCUAGAAUUAAUUAUCGAUGCCUAAUAUAAAUUACUAACGUGGUAAUGUUUAACAAAUAUUGACACAAGUGUCUCACCGCCCGUGGAUACUUUGUGUAAAUUGUCGUCAUUUAUUUUCUUUGUAGUAACUGAUGCGUAUGAAGACUAAUUUCUUGCAAUAAUUCACGAGUAACAGUUGUGUCUAUUAAGUAAAAUUAACUAUGAAAUUGUCUGGAAUUAUUUUCACUUUUCUGUACAUACAAGUUUCUUCAUCACUCCUUGGUGAUUUUCGAAACGCGAUGUUUAACGUUGAACGCGGUUUUGGUAAAUUAUUAACGGAUGUCGUUACCGACGUAAAGGAUACGAUUCAUUGUACCAUAUCAGCAGUCGAGCAAGUUUUGGUGUUAAACGGACUUUUGGACAAAACUUCUAGUUACAGUUACAGUUGUAGCGGUGUAAGUAAACCAACCGAACCAAUACCCUCGCCAUCUAAAAUGCGGGAUCAAAGAAGCUUGCUUGAUGAUUUUCAACCGUCGAAACAUUCCAAUCAUGGCUUAGACUAUCUUAACUCGCCAAGGCACAUUUCUAUGGAAUUAGGAAAGUCUAUCGCCAACGUUAAUAAAACAAUAAACGAUAUUCUAGGUCACCACAAAACCAAUAGUAAUUUAAAACUUAUAUCUAGAACGAUGAAAGAAGAAACUAACCGUCUAACUGAAAUAAGUAAAAUACUUAAGCGAGAAUUGGAAAACAUAUCGAGUAACAUCAAACUUGAGAUACGAAAAUUACUUUUUGAUCGACAAGAAUCUCAUUUUGAAUCGGUUUGGGAUGAAAUUAAAACAUUACACGACAUUCAACAGAGAAGCAUAAAUGAAACAGAGAUUGGUGAAAUACGUCAUAUUUUAGAUAAGGUAGUGAAUAAACUGGAUUUAAAAUCCGAUAAUCAACAACAACUCGGCAGCUACGAUUUAAAAGAAAUAAGAAAAACACUGGAAAAAUAUUCUGAUGGUCAGGAUAAAAAAAUACAAAAAGAUAAUGCCGAUCAUUCAAGACUACAAGAUCUAUCAAUUGAAACACCUACUACAAAAUUACCGCUAAAAUCUUUUAAAGAUGUUGCCAAGAAAAUAUUUGAUCAAAAGAAAAACACUAAAAUAAAUCCGUCGCAUUCAAAGGAAUCUAUAUUUAAUUUAAAUAUGCAUUCAUUCGAACAUUUUACACCGUUUUCGACAACAGAUAAUAUUAGUAAGAAAACGAUAGAUGAUGCUAAGAAAAUUAUUGAAGACAGUCAACGUACCGAUAAAAUAUUAAAUAAUAUUUUUAAUGAAAAGCGAGCAGCCUCAAGUGUCUUUAGCAGUCAAGAACACAAUCUAUUUGAUUUUAGCAGCAGUUGAAUUAAAAUGGCCUGGAACUGUAUUUCAGUUUUACACGAUUCUUUAAAUAACAUAUGUGACAAAAAGUGACAUUUAUUACUCGUAUGUGAUAUUAAAUUUGAUUUAUAAUAAUAAGUAGCUUCAUAUAUAAGAUAAUGUUUUAAUAUUGAAACAUGUUAUCGUUUGUUUUAUUUAAGUAUAUAGUUUAUUAUUGUAUUUAAUAAUGGAACAAGUAUUAACUAAUCCAUAUAUUUGAAUCUAAAUUGUUAAAUUGUUUCCGUUCGAAAUAAAUAAAUUGUAUAAAGAUUAAACCAGGUCACACUCUUUAGUAAAUUAAAUGUUGAGAGUUUAAAUGACGAUUUGAAAGCGCAUACAAUCUCGUGCAUAUCUAAAUGUAAUAUUUUUGAAUUUUGUUGGAACGAAGUUCUUUUUACGCGGUUUACAGUAUGUACAGUGAACUGACAGAAAUCGUUACGUACGAAAAAAACGUUGUCUCCAGGCGACCUUUUCCUCUCUCUUUUUCUCUGUCUGUCUCUUUUUGGUAGCUUUAUAUAUCACUAUUUAAGCAAUUUUUUUGUUAUUGUUUUAAUUCACGCGAUUUUUAAAUAACUUUUAAUUCUUGUCAUUUAAUUAUUUUCAAACGUUUUUAAUUUAAUUCUUUGUAUCUGUUAUUGAAUAUAUGAUAUAGAGUGAAAACAACUUCGUUCCAACCUACACUACACAACUACUGUUUGACCGAAUUUUACAAUAACCCUUCUCAAAGACUAAGCCAGCUGUACAGAAGAUGAGGACAGUAAACCUACAGAACGAGGUUAGGAUCAGUACCAUUGGUUUUACGUUGUAAGAAUUACAUAAUAAGUCAAACAAAAUACCGCAUUUCGUAUAUAAAGUACACGAGCGAGCAAGCGUAUAUGGCGCUCACCCGUCGCACUCUUACAAAAUCAUACGAUAAUCUGAGACGUUCAUUGGUUUAAAAACCUAAUAUUUUUAUUUGUAAUUCAAUGCCAAAAAUAUUUUUAAGUUUAAUGUACAACUUUUAAUUGGCUGAAUGUUACUUUUAUCGUGUUCAUAUUGUAUUCGUUUUUAUUGGUAGA